CUGAGCCCGCAAAAAGCUGUUACCAUCUGAACAAGACGUCGUGUGCGCUGCUCUUCAUGUGACGCUCAAACGAAUAACAUUUUUUUUUUUUUUUUUAACAUAUAUAUAUAUAUAUUUACACACAGAGGCUACAUUUUACAGACGGUCAGCAAAUGCUACAGAGACAUGAGGGUUUUGCUGGAAGCUGAUCUUUGCGAACUACCCAAUUCAACCUGUGGAUAGUGUGGAGCGCGUCUGUGGCCACCGGCCAGUCUCCGCUAUCUGGGACGCUCUGCCUCCAGCCUGCUGUGCGCGUCUUUCUUCGUUGGCUCCGGUCCGUGUCGGCGGCGUGAGAUCCGGUGUUCCGUUUUGACCUAAGCUGUGAGCAGGUAUUCAGUUUAUGAAUGGCCCUGACAUGGAGGAAAUACCGUUUCAGAAAGUCAAAACGAGGCGGAAGAGAAGUCACUGUCCACCGGGCGUCCCUUUGACCACCAUCGUGUGUGAAGACGAGUUCGACUGUAAGGAGCUAGAGUCCCUUUUCCAGAACUACAACCUGAAACUGGAGCAGACGUCUACCCUCAAAGCCCUGGCUGUUCUCAUCUUCAUGUCCUCCACACUGGCCGUGGUGGAGUUGCUGUCCGGCCCCAGUCUCACCAUCUCUAAGGGGUCCCAUCCGGUCCAUUGUAUCAUCUUCGUCUCCCUGUUCAUUGUAACUAAUGUCAAAUACCUGCAAGUGACUCAGCUCCAACAGAUUGUCAACCUGACGUUGCUGUUCGGCUUCACUUUCUCCUUCCUCUGCUGCCCCUUCUCCCUGGGCGCCAUGGGGAUGGAGCCCCCGACGUCCCCGGAGCAGGGCAUGUGGCAGCUCAUCCUGGUCACCUUCGUCGCCUAUGCGCUCCUGCCUGUGCGGACACUUUUGGCUGUUGUUUUUGGAAUAAUGGUCUCCAUCUCACAUUUGAUUGUCACUGCCACUUCUGUUACAGCAAAAACACAGAAACUCUGGAGAACACUGGUUGCCAACACAGUCCUGUUCACCAGUGUCAACCUGUCAGGGCUGUUUGUGCGCAUCCUGACAGAACGAGCCCAGAGGAAGGCCUUCCUGCAGGCUCGCAACUGCAUCGAAGAGAGACUCCGCAUGGAGGAUGAGAACGAGAAACAGGAGCGCCUGCUAAUGAGUCUGUUGCCCAGGAACGUAGCUAUGGAGAUGAAAGAGGAUUUCCUGAAGCCCCCAGAAAGGAUCUUUCACAAAAUCUACAUCCAGCGCCAUGACAAUGUCAGCAUCCUAUUUGCAGAUAUAGUAGGUUUCACCAGCUUGGCCUCACAGUGUACAGCCCAGGAACUGGUUAAACUACUCAAUGAGCUGUUUGGAAAAUUUGAUGAGCUCGCUACGGAGAACCACUGUCGCAGGAUUAAAAUCCUGGGGGAUUGUUAUUACUGUGUGUCUGGACUGACUCAACCCAAGACGGACCAUGCCCACUGCUGUGUAGAGAUGGGCCUGGACAUGAUUGACACCAUAACGUCAGUAGCAGAGGCCACAGAGGUCAAUCUAAAUAUGCGUGUGGGCUUACACACAGGCCGAGUACUGUGUGGUGUCCUAGGCCUCAGAAAAUGGCAAUAUGAUGUGUGGUCUAAUGACGUGACCCUUGCCAAUGUGAUGGAGGCUGGAGGACUACCCGGGAAAGUUCACAUCACCAGAUCUACGCUGGAGUGCCUAAACGGAGAUUAUGAGGUGGAACCUGGAAAUGGACAUGAAAGGAACGCCUUCCUCCAAAAACAUGAAAUUGAAACCUUCUUUAUAGUGCCAUCUCACCGACGGAAGCGGAGGGCCAUGCGGACAGCUCCGCAGAAGCUGAGGAAUCGCUCCAACACUAACCAGGCUAAUGUGAUACAGAGCAGCCCCAGAACCCGGGUCAACCGCUACAUUGGUCGGCUGAUCGAGGCCCGCCAGACCGAGUCAGACACGGCUGACCUCAACUUCCUCACACUCAUGUAUAAGUGCUCUGAGCGCGAACAGAGGUACCACCAGGUUCCUGAUGAGUACUUUACCAGCGCAGUGGUCCUUUCUCUGAUCCUAGCUGCCUUGUUUGGCCUUGUUUAUCUUCUCAUCAUACCACAGGGCACAGUGGUACUAGUCCUUCUCGUCUUCUGCAUCUGUUUCCUAGUAGCUUGUAUCAUGUACCUGCAUAUCACUAGAGUACAGUGUUUUCCAGGGUGCCUGACCAUUCAGAUUCGCACUGCCCUCUGUAUACUCAUAGUGCUCUUAAUCUAUGCUGUGGCCCAGGCCUGUGUGGUGGGCUGUAUGCCGUGGUUAUGGGGUAGUGCCAACACCAACAGCUCCAUCCUCAUCAUCGAUGUGGAUAGCGGUGCCAACCACACCAUGGAUGAGCUGCCGUGUGAUGGUGCUCGCUAUGCUUUUCUAUCCUGUGUGGUGGGCACGCUCACACUCGCGCUUUUCCUGCGUGUGUCCUGGCUGCCAAAGAUGGCGCUAAUGCUCCUUCUGGGGGUCCUCUACGUCACCGUGUUGGAGCUCAGUGGCUUUCGCAAGACAGCAGGUGGGGGGUCCUUCCACAUCCGGGGCUAUGAGCCCAUCCUGUCUCUGUUGCUUUUUGUCAGUGCCCUGGCCCUCCACUCCAGGCAACUCGACCUCAAACUACGCUUGGACUUCCUAUGGGCUGUGCAGGCGGAGGAAGAAAGGGAUGGAAUGGAGAAAGUCAAACUGGACAACCGGAGGAUUCUCUUCAACUUGCUGCCUGCACAUGUGGCCCAGCACUUCCUCAUGUCAAACCCCAGGAACAUGGUGAGCCUCGCUAAUAAACAGGCAGACAUGAAAGACAAGCAGGAUCUUUACUAUCAAUCCUACGCACAAGUAGGUGUCCUGUUUGCCUCGAUUCCUAACUUCAAUGACUUCUACAUUGAGCUGGACGGCAACAACAUGGGAGUGGAGUGCCUGAGACUACUGAAUGAAAUCAUUGCUGACUUUGAUGAGCUCAUGGACAAGGAGUGCUACAAAGACAUAGAGAAAAUCAAAACCAUUGGCAGUACAUACAUGGCAGCUGUGGGCCUCGUCCCAACCAUUGGAACAAAGGCCAAGAAGUCUGUUUAUGACCAUCUCAGCACCAUUGCAGACUAUGCCAUUGAGAUGUUUGAUGUUUUGGAUGAAAUCAACUAUCAGUCAUACAAUGAAUUUGUCUUGAGAGUGGGUAUCAAUGUGGGUCCAGUGGUUGCAGGGGUGAUUGGUGCUCGGCGGCCUCAGUAUGACAUCUGGGGAAACACAGUGAAUGUGGCCAGUCGAAUGGACAGCACUGGAGUACCAGGAAAGAUACAGGUUACAGAAGAGGUGUAUCGUCUGCUGAAUACCAACUACGAUUUGGUGUGUCGGGGGAAGGUCAGUGUCAAGGGUAAAGGUGAGAUGCUUACCUACUUCCUGGAAGGGAAAGUUCAGGGUGUGGGCACUGUAACCACCUCUUCAGUGAUGCGUUCGGCCAGCCUGGCGCGGCGUAUACACUCCUGUGGUAAGACGAGCGUACCAACCAAUUUGGGCAGCGUCUCCUCCGCCGCCAGCCUGACUGCUCAUGCCAGCGUGGGUAGCAACAUUCAGAUGAACACUGCCAACAGCAGCAACAGCCAAGCAACAUGCCUGACCUCAUCCUGUGUGCCCGCUGUGGGUGAGGUAGAAGAAGAGGAGGACAUAGAGGUGACAGAGAUUGAGAUUGAAACUGUGGCGGCAGUUGCAGAUGUGGCUGUGUAACAGUCUGGAAGAAAGUUGAGACUGAAAAAUCACCUGAAAGCAUUAAAGGAAAGAAACCCUGGUUGGAGACCUAGAAAAGACAGGGCUAUCCAGGUACAGUAUUUCCUAUAAACCCUGAGCAACGAGCAUGAUCAGAACAUGCUCAUUCAGGACAUAAACUACAUGUUCAGCAUGAUACAGACAAUCAUACUUACUUUACUUCUUGGAGACAAAACGUGGAGAGACGAAAAGUACCCGGGAUCUCAAAUCCUCUUUUAACAACUCAAUGAUAGAUAAGUAGAUUUGUGGUAUUUCUGGGUUUCCUCAGAUCCAGGUCAAAUGUAAGUCUUUAUUUUGUAUGUACAGUUCCAAAUACCAAGGAUAUGUGCAUUUAUAUCCACAAAAAGACUGAUCACUAUCGCUAUUGCUUUUGCACUGUCUUUCUGAUUAUGCCAAGGAUACAUUGCAUUAUUUACAGUAUAAAAUUGUGUUUCUUUUCAGUGUAUGUAAGCAUGCAUGCGUGUACUGGUGUGUAUGUGUGUAUGCAUGUGUGAUUAUUUCAGAAUUGUAACGAAACACAGCACAAAAUACUUUUUAUACUCUGAGCUCACUGGACAAACAUAGAUUUUUGUUGAGACAUAUAGUCAAUAGUGCAUGACUUUCUAAGAGUGGACAGCCAUAGUAUCUCUUGUUGAAAGUAAACCAAAGUAAUAAGCUUUUCAUACAGCUUGAGUUUUACUGCGUUUAUUGCCUCACCACACAAAACAGAAGCUAAACAUACAGACACAUUUUGAUGUGUUACAUGUAAUUACAGACACUAUCAUUAGAUUUAAAAUGUAUAAUUUUGAACUUGAAGUGACCACAAAAAUGGCUUCGAAACAUAUUUUGACCAGUAGCUGAUGUUUUUACAUAUAUUUUAUAUAUAAGAGUGUCAAGUUAUGUGAAGGAAGGAAGGUGAUAUAAGGAGGUAUUCUCCUGUAUUUGAUGUGUAUUUUAUAAAGAGAGUAUUUAAUGCCAAACCUGGACCAGUCACAAAGUACAAAUGACCUAAAUGUCAACUACUGCACCCCUAUGUGUGGUACAGACAUCAUUUAAAGGACACUAUUUAUUCACACAGACACAAGCAUAUGAUGCACACAAAAACCCACACGUUCAUGAAAGUCUAAACAGCAACCAGUGGCAUCUGCAGACGUUCCAUGUACAUGCACAUCUUCUCUGCAGGCCACAGAAAUACUGGUGUAGUGUCUAGCUACCGUAGUCUUUCAGGCAUACAUUAUUCUAGUUGGGCUUUUAGCUAUAGUCCGGUAUGUUUUACCCUCAGAAAACAUAAGCUUUAGCACAUCUUUCAGAAACAGUCUGAUAAAUGUGAGAUGCUCUGGAUCUCUUUAUAGCCUAAAUCUUUAUCAGCAUAGAACUUUCACAUAAUCUGCAAAAGUGUAAAUACAUCAUGUUUCAAGUUCUUGCCUUACUUAAUAAGCUUACAGUGAUUGCAACCUGCCUUUUUAGAUAUAUUCACUUUGAUAUGCAGAUCAUACUUUUUGUAAAUAGCCAAAAGCUGUAAACUUAUGUAUGUUGUAUCUUGUACAGUGUAAAGUUGGGUUAUUUAAUAUUUUGUAAUAAAGACAAUAUUGGUGUAUAAAAUA